GCGCAGCGAUACAGCUUCUCCUUCACGCCCUUCCUGCAAAAGACGUACUAGCACAGCCUGGCCUCUGACCGGUCCAUCUGCAAAGCCUACGCGAGCGGGUCGUGCCCGCUCAAGGGCAAAUGCCCUGACCGACACGUCGCGCCGUCGAUCCCGCCCUCGAGCGCGAGCAACAACACCAACAGCUACCAGCCCUCGGGCGGCUCCAGCUCGCUCGUCUGCAAGCACUAGCUGCGGGGCCUGUGCAAGAAGAGCGAAGGCUGCGAGUUCCUGCACGAGUACAACCUGCGCAAGAUGCCCGAGUGCAACUUUUUCGUGCGCAACGGCUUCUGCAGCAACGGCGACGAGUGUUUGUACUUGCACAUCGACCCGCAGUCCAAGCUGCCCCCCUGCCCGCACUACGACCGCGGCUUCUGCCCGCUGGGCCCGCGCUGCGACAAGAAGCACGUGCGCCACGCGCAGCUGUGCGCGUACUACCUCGCCGGCUUCUGCCCGUUCGGCCGCGCGUGCAAGGAGGGCGCGCACGCCCGCUGGACCGCCGACAAGGACAUGGAGCGGCCGCACGCGCGCGACGACGCCGCCAAGGCUGCUGCCGCCGCGGCCGAGGAAGCCGCGUCCGCUGCUGCCGCGGCCGUGAAUUCUGCGAACGCUGCCGGGGAUGCGUCGGCAGAGAUGGGCGGCGGGGACGAGCAAGGGCAGUAUCAAUAUCACAAUAACAACCAGCAGCAACAGCAGAGCAUGCAGGACCGCGGUGAUAGUAUGCACAACGGCGGGCGGGACAACAGCGGGGCUGCGAAUGCCGGCCGGGACAGGGACGGCGGCAGCGGCGGUAACGGGCACGAGCGCGGGGGCCACAAGGACCGGUUCGGCAACCGGGGUGGGCGAUGGAGAGGCAAGGGGGAGCGGUUCAGGGGGAGAGGAGGAGCUCACUGAGUUGUGGGUGAGAAAUCAGAUAUCAAUAUCAAAUGGAGAGGAUAAAGACGAGCAAAGAGAUACUGCCUCUUUUUUGCAGAAUUUUGGUUUUGCUUGGCGAGCGGUCUCCUUCAGGGACGGACUUCUGUGUUUUUAUCUUUCCCCCACGGAAAAGGCGGAAAUGGCCACAAAACGGAACGGAAUCAAGGGGGCAAAAAGCAUUAUUAUUGUAUGCUCAUUUAUUC